AUGCAUCAUUACGAUACUCUAAUCUUUUCUUUGAUAACAUUAGUUUUGGCUGAAGUGUCUAAAUAUAAAACAGAUUUUAUUGCGAAUAAUUUUAAUCUAUCAUCGGAAACUGACUUUUAUUUGAAACGUGUACGCCGUAUAAGUGCAGCGGAAAUUCUUAGCAAGAAAUAUGGUCCCUUGUUGACGGCUGCCGGCUUUUUUAAAGCAGCUCAAUUUUCUGAUGAAUAUCGUUCGCGUCAACGUUGGCUUGAACAAGCAUGGCAUAUACAGCAAAUAAAUUCAAAAGCGUUUCAUGCUUCUCAAUCUCGUGUCAAUUUUCUCUAUACAACAAUGGAACGUUUUCAACAAAUUCAUGAUCCACUCGUUAUCCGUAAUAGUCUAUUGCGUCUCGAUUAUAUUGACGUAAUGAUUAUUGAAACACUCAUUAUCAAAACUCAUACAGAACAAAUUCAACAUUUAAUGCCAAUUUAUAAUUUUAUACGCGAAACACUCUGGUAUUAUUUUGUACCAUUUAAUCAGACAAUUCAUCUGUCUUGUUAUUUUCCAAGAUUUUUGAAUGGUUCACUAUGGAGAACAAUUGAUAUUGGAAAAUGGCUUAGUGAAACGUAUGCAAAUGCAAUACAAUUUUAUACUGAUGAUAAGAAAUUGGCAAAUAUAUGGAGAAAAGAUGGUCAUAUUAUCGUACCAUUAGCAAUGUUUCAUAAUGGUACGAUGCUUUUUUAUCUAAAUAAUAUUGUAGAAGUAACAAGAACAAAAUAG